AUGAGCAUUAGUAGUAUUGGUGAUUUACUUCCAGACAAUGUGAAUUCUCUGAUUCUAGGAGAACAUGAACGUCGAGGUUCAGACAGUGAUAUAACUUUUCCACUCAGACAUCCGCUUAGACCAAGUUUUAAACAAAAAUUUCGAGCACCUUUGUUGGAACUUAAUCGUUACAAAUAUAUUGUCAAUGUAUCAAUUCUGGAAAAUAAAGGUGCAGGUGUUAGGAGACAAUUAUAUGUGUUGUUAUGGCAUUUGGAGUUUAUUUUUAUUGAUCCCAAUUCUUUAGCUUUAAGCUGUUUGCUCAUUAAAAAAUUUAUUGAAGACAUUAAUCCAUCAUGGGUCCCUUAUAAAAAAUUUUGA